AUGCAUUAUCAAGCAAGCGACAACUUCACAUUCGGGUCCUGCAUCAACAAAACACUCAUUUAUACUGACAAAAUGUGGUUCACGCCACAAAAUGUAGAGGAGGGUAAAUGUAUAUUAGAGGGUACAGAAACUUUCAUAAACAUUAAACACCAGAACGAAAGAUUGUUGAAGAGAGCUCCUUCUCUAUCUACUUCGAAUGACGACCCAUGGCGACAUGUCAGGGGCGAGCCUCAUGUGCUGCAAAACCGGAUGUAUACUUACUAUACAAGGAGACCAAUGAAAAAACUAAUCGAAUGGGGAGCAAUCGAGCUAAAUCCGACAAUGUGGCUAACGAUAUGGCGUGAUCAUAUCAAGAACUAUGUGGAAAACAAAAUUGACACUGAAUACAUCAACGAACACAACCAGCCUCAGACUUCGUCAAAGUAUGUGUUCCUUCAGUCAGGCUACUUCUCUCUGGAAAAGAAACGAAAACACUCAAAAGCAAGGAGGAACCUAAGUAAACUGCUAGAGGCAAGUGACGAACUAAUAGAAGGUGAUUUCGUGGUAGUCAGCGUCAAUGGCAAGAAAACCACACGUCGAUACAUCGCCAGAGUCGAUGUAAUUGAUGGUGAUGAACUCAAGGGUGUCUUCUUGAAGAGAAUCCAAGGCCAAAAACCCAUGGACGGCAGACAGGCCUUUAUUAUCGACCACGAUGAUGAAGCAUCAUUCGAUAGACAAGAUAUUGUAAAAAAACUACCCGCGCCAAACAACUUGUUGGGGAGUGAACGCAAAUCCAACCAAUGGGUUUUCCUCUGUGACCUGGAAAAAUUCAAUCUUUCAUAG